AAAUUUAAUACAAGAUGAAUAACUAUUUUAUAAUCACUUGUGUGUUUGCUUUAUUUUUAAAGGGCUAUUCUGCAAAUGAUAGUGCUGAAGGUGAAGAUAAUAAUGACGCUCUUAAUGAAAAGCCAACCGAGGAAUUCCCACAAGAUGACAUCGAAAAGUACAUUGAAAUGUUCGAAGAAACAGCUCGUCAAUUAAAUAAACCUGCAGACGAAGAUGUUACUGCUUUGGAAAACACUAUCGAUAUCUAUGAGGAAAUGUCAGAGAUUGUACAAGUUUUUAUUGAUUUAAAUAUAAAUUCUAAUAAUGUUUACAAAUUCUUACGCGCAAAAGGAUUAGAUCGUGUAAUUGCACCUAAUUUGAAAAUAUUACAUACACCAUUACGUCGACAAUUACUUAUAUUAACAAAACAACUGAUAGAUAUAGCUCCUACAACAGCAAAGGCAAUAAUUCCAGUUAGUAUUCUAGAUAAUCUUUUAGAUAUAUUUGAAAAUGAUCACAUUUUAUCUAUAAAAGCUUAUGCGUUAGACAUCAUACAUUCAUGGUUGCCUGGUAAUCCUAAAAUGCAAGCACGUGUCAUGAAACUUAAAGGUCUCGAUCCAUUUUAUCAUCAAAUAAGUAAUUUAGAUAUAACAGUUAUUCAUACAUUAUUAGAUUUAUUUAAUAAAAUAUUAGAUGAACAUAUAAAAGCUAGAGAAACACCUAGGACUAGAGAAAACGCUGAGGAUUUAGUAAUGUACCAAAGAAUUGGUUUAAUUGAAAGAAUGUCGACUUCACACGUGUGCGAUGGAUUGCUUAAUAUAUUCGAAAGUUCUUUACCUUUUAUACCAAGAACUGGACAGAUAAUAUCUUCAAUGUUCGAACUGGUUAAAAAGAUAAAACCUUUUUGCCUUAACACUUAUAAAGGGAAGUCUAAACCGAUUGAAGUUUUCAAUGAACUGUACCAAUUUGUUAACGAUAAAUCGAAUGAUAAAACAUUUGAGAAGUACGGAAUGAAUAAAACUGAUGUUUACGCAGUUUUAGAAAAGUAUGUACAAGAAUUGAAACAUGUUGUUAAAGACGAGCUGUAG